GGGAAAUUGUGUUGAGUUGAAUAGUGUGGGGUUAGAUAUCCUUAGAGGAAAUUGUGUUGAGUUGAAUAGUGUGGGGUUAGAUAUCCUUAGGGGAAAUUGUGUUGAGUUGAAUAGUGUGGGGUUAGAUAUCCUUAGGGGAAAUUGUGUUGAGUUGAAUAGUGUGGGGUUAGAUAUCCUCAGGGGAAAUUGUGUUGAGUUGAAUAGUGUGGGGUUAGAUAUCCUUAGGGGAAAUUGUGUUGAGUUGAAUAGUGUGGGGUUAGAUAUCCUUAGGGGAAAUUGUGUUGAGUUGAAUAGUGUGGGGUUAGAUAUCCUUAGGGGAAAUUGUUUUGAGUUGAAUAGUGUGGGGUUAGAUAUCCUCAGGGGAAAUUGUGUUGAGUUGAAUAGUGUGGGGUUAGAUAUCCUUAGGGGAAAUUGUGUUGAGUUGAAUAGUGUGGGGUUAGAUAUCCUUAGGGGAAAUUGUGUUGAGUUGAAUAGUAUGGGGUUAAUCUCCAUAGGGGAAAUUGUGUUGAGUUGAAUAGUGUGGGGUUAGAUAUCCUUAGGGGAAAUUGUGUUGAGUUUAAUAGUGUUUGCCUAGAUAGGAUUAAGAUAAUUAGUGUUGGGUUCAAUUGCACAAAAACAAAUAUUGUUAGGUUAAAUAGAAUGGGGAAAUAAUUGGUUAAAAAGAAGAAACAGAAAAAAUGAUAAUUCUUAUUAUUGGAUGGGUUGAUAGCCUUCCACCAGUAGUAUUAAACAUACCUGGAUGUUCCAGCUUAAAGACAGUAACUGUCAGUGUCGUGUUUUAUUAGAGGUACCUGGAUAUACAACAAUAUCUCUAAUCCUUUCAACAUUCUCUUUAAACAGUAUCUGGCUAUUAUGUUUAAUACAUGUAGUAAGUACAUUGUGAUGGAUGAUUGUCUCAAAGUUUUACAUCCUACAGGUACAGAAUCAAACUGGUUAUCAGUUGUGAUACAGCUUCAAACCAGUUAUCCAUUAAACAAAGUGAGUUUAGUGAAUUUAGUAGGAAACAUAGGGGAAACAUACAAGAACUUUGGUCAUAUAUUGAGAUUUGAGAGCAGUUAAACUUCACAUG